AUGUAUUCCUCCGCACCGCUUGAUCAGGCAAUGGCUCAACCCCUCUACUCCCCGGAGGAGAUCGGCUUCGAUCCAUCAUCCAAGCGAGAAGCUCUAUCAUUAGCACCCUCUGGACGGCGCGAGUCUCAUUACGAGUCGGUUGAUAGGAGCAGCGGUUGUAUGAGCCCUAGCACCGAGCUAGACAGCAAGAAUCGACACUCCACGAGGCGUCGAAUCCAAGUCGCAUGCAAUCGGUGUCGAAAAAGAAAGAUCAAAUGUAGCGGGGAUCCCGGAGAUGGACAGGGCUGCUCCAACUGCCGCACUUCUGGAAACACGAACUGUCAGUUCUUAAGGGUAAAUUCGUCAAUGCUGCAGACGAAAGCCAGUUCAUGGAACCCUUACCCUUCGGGUACUGCUACGAUGCCCUCGUCUCAAAGACCGGGCUUGUAUGUACCCUCUAUGACUCCAAAGAUAGGGGGAGCUCCUAUGACAGCUCCUCCUACCUUUCGCAUGACAUCUUUUCCACGAGCGUCCAACUAUGACAUGGGAUCAGCUCAUGCUCAGAGUGCAUACCACCGGUUUCCUUUCGGCGUCGAUCCCCCUGUUCACUACGAAGAAGAUGCCUCGGCGUACACAACCCCGUCUUCAGCAUACAUGUCGGGUGUUUCCCCAAACGUCUUUACGGAUCUAUGCACGUGGAAUCCAAAGACGUGGGGUCAUAGUGUUCAUGUUGACAGGAGCCCCCAUGGACCAGUCUUCUCGGACAGUGAUGCUGAGACGGCCUUGACACACUCGGCUUUCUUUAAUCUUACUCAAUCGACCGAUGCCCCACCCAUCGUACCGACCAUGAGCUUCUCUGCCGUGGAAGGGCAAGGGGAAAAUCGGACGCUCCCCAAUCCUAGUCGAAACCAGGCCCAGAUGGGACUGUGUGCCUUCACCACGCCAGAAGAGGCCCUCUCUGGGCUACCGCACGACUAUAGGAUGAGCAGCUGGACUCCUAAGAAUACCUUCUUGAACCAUGGCAGUAUGCAGAGCCCACAUGGAGGUUACAGAAGCGGCCCUAUCAAGCGGCCCAAAACGACAUCAGAUAUGCUCUAUGGGCUGUUGCCGUCUAGUGGCACCUCUUCCCCUUUGAUCUCCGCUGGGUCGUUUACUACUACAAUGGACACGAUUAAUGCGGAGGAUGGGCAACCGUCGAGGACAUUCUCGCAUGAUCACCUUUCGGAUUACGGCUCCGACACCUAUGUGUAUAGCAGCAGCGAACGACGAGACAAGGGCCAGUCCAAGCCCGACGGGUCAGGAUCUAUGCUACUGAAUGGGCUUAGCUACACGCGCCCUCCGCUGGGACAUCAUUCCAGCCCUCCGUUGAUUCCCACCUCGGCGUUUCGAUCGACCACGGAGAUGCACCACACCGCCAUCCCGGCGAGUCAGUACUAG